GUAACUAUGUUGAUGAUGGUGAUUGUUGUUAUUGGCUUGGAAUGUUAUGGAGGGGACACUAAAUGUAGCACUGUAGGAUGGCGUUUAAAAGGAUUGAAGACAGAGACAUGUGCACGCGACGACGGUCCACACACUCACAUUUGUGUGUAAACAUUAUUGUUGCAGUGUCCGACAAGUAGAUAGACGCAGCAAAAACAGGUGCAAUGUCCUCCGGCGAUAGCAAGUUCGUCACAAUUAAAACUGCCCCACAGCUCAACGGGUUACAGCAAUUGUCUUGCUUUGGAUGGUGGCAGCUUGGGAAGUGGUUGUGGUGUUUAGCCCUGUUAUUGCAACUGUCCGUUGCAUCAUGCACACCACUUCCGUCCACAGCAUCGCCAUUAAUGACGUCAUCCUCACUACAGUUUAAUAGCGGAACGUCAUUAUCAGAGCUGCCAUUAUCGUCGGUGGCAGCCUCAGUUGUUGGGGAGGAAAUGACUAUUUUAACACCCCAAAUGGUUAUUAACGCUGUACCAGAGAAAGACCGAUCCUGUUUUCUAGAAUACCAGAUGGCAAGGGCCAUUUAUGGACUCAGUGACUCUGAAAACAACACAAUGGAAGAUAUAAUCGAACAUUAUGAGAACGAAAGGCCCCAAAUAAAAAACGUGCCCAUUUAUGAAAAUUUUGCUGCAGAUUUACUCCAAUGGUUGACAGAGACAUUUCAUCUAUCGCCUGAGGAUGUUUACAAUCAGCUGCGGAGCCGAUCACCACUCAUGUGUACGUCAGAUGGUGUCUGCUACAGUUCCGACGACUUGGCGUGCUUCUGUUGCCCAUUCUGAGGGGGAAGGACAAACUCGACCGGUGGAUACAUUUCGAAGCGGAUAUUCUAGUUGACGAACGAACAUUUACGUGAUUUAAACCAAUUAAAUACAAUAAAAUAAUGCGAUGGAGGACUUAUA